AUGUCUAGGAACUUUGAGCAGCAAUGGCUUUCACUGACAUUCUCUAAGGCUGUUUUUCUUGGGAAUGGUCUGGUGGCUAUACUCUCUGGUUUAUUUGGUAAUCUUCUUGUCGACAACACUUUUUCACUCGGUCCUGUUGCGCCAUUUGAUGCCGCUGCGUGCUUUCUUGCGAUUGGAAUGGCCAUCAUAUUGGCGACAUGGACUGAGAACUACGGUGAUGCAUCUGACAGUAAAGAUUUGCUCACACAGUUCAAGGUUGCUUCCAUAGCAAUUGCUUCAGGCAAAGUCACAUUUGAUUUGCCAGAUGAAAAAAUCGCGUUGCUUGGAGCAAUCCAAUCUCUAUUCGAAGGCUCAAUGUACACAUUUGUUUUCCUCUGGACACCAGCUCUUAGCCCGAACGACGAAGAAAUCCCACAUGGCUUCAUCUUUGCAACCUUCAUGUUGGCUUCCAUGUUAGGAAGCUCCUUAGCUGCUCGCCUCAUGGCUCGCUCAUCUCCUAGAGUCGAAAGCUACAUGCAAAUCGUCUUUCUAGUCUCAGCAGCUUCUCUUCUAUUUCCAAUCAUCACAAGCGUCUUUGUAACGCCGUCAAAGGUGAAAACCGAAGGGAUGUCACUCACUGGUUGCAUACAGCUUCUGGGGUUCUGUGUCUUCGAGGCAUGCGUUGGAAUAUUCUGGCCUUCAAUCAUGAAGAUGAGAUCACAAUACAUUCCUGAAGAAGCAAGAAGCACCAUCAUGAAUUUCUUCCGUAUCCCACUCAACAUUUUCGUCUGCGUCGUCUUGUAUAACGUUAACGCAUUCCCGAUCACAAUUAUGUUUGGGAUGUGCUCUAUCUUCCUAUUUGUAGCUUCUAUAUUACAACGGAGGCUUAUGCUCAUCUCUGACAAGCCCAAAGCAGAGGACUGGAUUCCCAUUAAGGAUCGAAACUCAGAAACUGAGCCACUCAAUCUCUAA